AUGGCUCGUGACUACAAGAAAGCUUAUGAUUGGAGGGUGCACGAGUAUCUACCACUUACUUUCGACGUCGGCGAUUUCAGACGCAGAUUCUCCAGAAACAAGCACAGAGAAGUCAUGAAAGAACUCAAUCAGAGGGUUGCAGAGCUCGAAAAAGACAGGGUUGAAAGUACAGCUACAACCACUAUCUGGGUUGAACGAGUUUCGGGAUGGCUGCAACCCUUAUUAGGAUGUCUACCAUUCGAAGUUGGGAACCAUCCAGCUGAUGGCUUCCAAGAGGAUGAAUCAAAGCGUCACAGUUCUAUUAACAGCAAUAUGAAUAAUCGCAAGGUAUAA